CAGCCCUCGAAUCUCCCGCCCGUGCUGGGUGAAGACCAUGUAAUACGGUUGAAAGAUCUGCACAUACGCUGCCCGAGCGAUCCGACCAGUGACUGACUGUAAUGUUCAAACAAGGCGGGGCAGACCAUCCCGGCUCUUUCUGGACAUACCACAAGUAGGAUAACGCAGAGACCAGAGAGUCCCGCUGCUGCUGCUGCUGUUUUAUGACAUUAGAGACUGAGGCAUGAAUUCGGCCGAACAGACGGUAACGUGGCUCAUAACGCUGGGAGUCCUGGAGUCUCCCAAGAAAAGCAUCUCGGAUCCAGAGGCUUUCCUCCAGGCGUCUCUGCAGGAUGGAGCGGUGCUGUGCAGGCUGCUGGAGCGACUCAGACCCGGGACGGUGGACAAAUUUUUCCAGGAGCCGAGAAGCGACAGCGAGAGUCAGAGGAACGUUACCGAGUUUAUUAAAGGCUGCGGGGCUUUCGGUGUGGAGCCUUUUGAGGUUAGUGACCUCCUGCAGGGACUGAACUUCCCUAAGGUGCUCAACUCCUUGGUUGCGCUUAACAAAGCUACUGAAGGUGUUUCCGGAGAGAGCGUGUGUGCGCCACACUCCUCGACACUGAGGAUCAAGUCAUUCGAUUCUCUGAACACUCAGACUCGCUCCUCCAAACUGCUGCAGCCUCAGUACCGCAGCCUGGACAUGUCGGAGGGCAGUGGGUGUGGCCAGUUGGUGGUCAAGGCGCGCUUUAACUUCCAGCAGACCAAUGAGGACGAGCUGUCUUUCUCCAAGGGUGACAUCAUCAGUGUGAACAGGCAGGAGGAGGGGGGCUGGUGGGAAGGCUCGUUCAACGGCAAGACUGGGUGGUUCCCCAGUAACUACGUACGGGAGCUGAAAGGAAGCGAUAAGACGUCAGAGAAGCCAAAGUCCGGGACUCUUAAAAGUCCACCCAAAGGUUUUGACACUACCAUCAUUAGUAAGACCUACUACAACGUGGUGCUACAGAACAUCCUGGAAGCAGAGAGUGAAUAUUCCAGGGAGCUGCAGAGUCUGCUGGGCUCGUACCUGCGCUCACUUCACCCCACAGACAGACUCAGCAUCGUGGACAUCAGUCACAUUCAAGGAAAUCUGGAGGAGAUCUCAACCUUCCAGCAGAUGUUGGUUCAGUCCUUAGAGGACCACACAAAACUCCCAGAGAGCCAGCAGAGGAUCGGGGGGUUCUUCCUGAGCCUGAUGCCCCAGAUGAAGAACAUCUAUGUGGCCUACUGCUCCAACCACCCGUCUGCCGUCAGUGUACUCACACAACACAGGGAGGAGCUGGGGGAGUACAUGGAGUCAAAGGGGGCCUCCACUCCAGGGAUCCUGACCCUGACCACUAGUCUGAGUAAACCCUUCACCAGACUGGAGAGAUACCCAACACUGCUGAAAGAACUGGACCGACACAUGGAGGACCAACACCCCGACAGAGCUGAUCUCCAUGCUUCCAUGACGGCCUUCAAAAACCUUGAAGCUCAGUGUCAGGAGGUGAGGAAGAAGAAGGACCUGGAGUUGCAGAUUUUAACCGAGCCAAUCAGAAACUGGGAGGGGGACGACAUCAGAACCCUCGGCCCGGUCCUGCACAUGUCCCAGGCUAUGGUCCACACACAGAACUGUCAGGAGUCAAAUGAACGCUACCUCCUCCUCUUCCCUCAUACACUGCUCAUGGUGUCUGCCAGCCUGAGAAUGAGUGGGUUCAUCUACCAGGGGAGAAUUCCACUGUCAGGAAUGCUGAUCUCCAGAAUAGAAGAUGGAGAAACCCUGAAGAAUGCUUUUGAAAUAUCCGGUGGUCAGUGUGAGCGGAUGCAGGUGGCGUGUAACAGUCAGCACGAUCUACAGGAAUGGCUCGACCUUCUCACCAAACACACACACACUCCGGCCGCACACACGCACUCCCACAAGCCUCAGUCCGUGUGUCACACGUUGCCCUCUCACCCCGUCACUCCUACCAGACACUCUGAGUCACGUGGAGGCAGCAGUGGACACACCUACCACACCCUUCCCCAUCCGUCCUCAUAUGGGACGGCACACAGCAGCAGCCUAAUGUGGGGGCCCCUGGAGCCGCCGAGUACCCCCAAACCCUGGAGUCUGAGCUGCCUUCGCCCUGCGCCUCCACUCCGGCCCUCCGCUGCUCUCUGCUACAAGGAGGAUAUGAGUAAAAGUCCAAAGAACAUGAAGAAGCUGCUGCCAAAGAGGAAGCCAGAGAGGAAACCUUCAGAAGAGGACUUCACUGUCAGAAAGAGUACAGCAGCUCUAGAGGAGGACGCUCAGAUACUGAAGGUGAUCGAGGCGUACUGUACCAGCGCCAAGACGCGACAGACUCUCAACUCCAGCUCCAGCAGGAAGGACGUUCACAUGUUGUUCCCAGAGGAGGAGAAGAUUAUAGUGGAGGAAACCAGGAGCAACGGACAGACCGUGGUGGAGGAGAGGAGUCUGGUGGACACUGUGUACAGUCUAAAGGACGAGGUCCAGGAACUCAAACAGGACAACAAGAGGAUGAAGAGGACCCUGGAGGAGGAGCAGAGAGCCAGGAAGGAGCUGGAGAGGAUCAUCCGGAGAGUUCUGAAGAACAUGAACGACCCAACCUGGGAUGAGACGAACCUCUGAGACCAACAUGUAUCUAAACAUCAUGGAACCAACUUUUGACUUUUAAAUGACCAAAUGACCUUUGAAAUGUUGUCCAACCUGUGUGGACAGAAGCUGCCAACAGUUCUUCAUUCGACGCAUCCUCACCAUUUCCACUUACUUUAACCUUCACGGUUACCUGUGCACCAAACUCUGGACCAAGAAACGAUGCCUGCCAUCCAUCAGCAAAGCCAUCCCAUCUGACUGUGAAGCCAAACUAGCUGGUAGGCAUGAUGACAUCACUUCCUGUCACGCUCCUUUACUUUUUCUAACAGCCUUUGGGGCACUGACAAAAGAACCACCUUUUCUCAUUCGCUUGCGUAUUUAUCUUUCAUUCCUCCGUGCGCUUAUUUGCAUUAAGUGUAAAAUCUCACCACUGCCAGAACAGUGUUUUACUGACUGGCCUGGUGCAUGACUGAGAACGCUCCGUGGGUUCGUACGUUCCAGAGCGAUAUCAGAGCAGCAUGUGAGUAAAACCCCUCAGUGAAACUUGAAAUAGAUUUUUUUCCACACUCUGCAUUUUAUUAGCAGCAAUUUUGUCUCAAUUUCAGAUGUUAAACUAACAUAUUAUUCUUAAAGAUGCCUUUUAAAAUUAUGAUUUAUGUGUUACUGACAACAAGCUAUAACUUUAACAAACUAUAAAGUUGGUUGUUAUAUCAAAUACAUUUUAAACUAGACCUAAAUUUACCAGCACUUAAAAGUGACCUCUUGUUUUACAGGAUGAGAUGUAAAUUAUUGUGAUUAACUGAACUGUAGAUGAGAUGUUUGUGAGCUCACCCAAUCAAAAACAACACAUCCUUAUUGCCGAAGGGAAGCUGGAGUGAGAUUUUCUCAGGAACCAACCAUCAGGGAGUGUCAGCUUCCUGCUUCGGCUUAACAUCCAUUUCAAAUUUCACGUUCAGAGCAAUAUUUAAAGAUAAAGGAAACUUAGCUGAAGUUGCCAUGGCAAUAGGCCUAACAUGGCACACACUAAAGGUAAGAGAGGAAUCUCACGACCUGAGCUGAAAACACUACUUCAAAUCAUCAGACAAAUGUACAAGUAUCACCUCUAAUAGCCCUUGCGCUAUCUUGCACUAUCAGUGGAGAAUUCACCUUCUCUCAUCAGUAAUCAGACUAUUAACUGUUGAUCACACAUCAAAGGCGGAGGCCUGGGAAGCGCAGUAAAGCAACAUGGGAGAUUUCAAAGAUCUGAUGGAAAGAUCAUCAAUACAACUACUGUGUAUUUAGUUACAGAUUCAGGAUUUUGAGUUUCUUCUACUUUUAAGUUAAAGUAAACCUGCGGACCUACUGUCACCACACUUUGCUCCGGCUGCAGGGGCGGGCUGGUCAUCGUGAGGUUCGGGAGGUUUCCCGAACGGCCGGUCUGCUUAGAUUGUUUUUUUGCAAAUAAAGUAUUCAUGUUAAAAUCACAGUUCCACUUGCGUCUGUAGUGCGAUCGGGUAAAAGGCCUCUCCAAACCAAGCUCCCGGGCUGAAUUUCAACCCCAGCCCGCCCCUGUCCGGCUGUCAGCAUGACGACUGUCAUGAGACCAAUCAGCUGAGAUACAAUCAAAUAUAUUAGAAAACUGUUGUUAUGUCUUGUAGCAGUGACGAAUACAACCUAUGUAUACUGUAAUGUAAAAGUAAUAAAAACAGGUAACAUUAACGCUAAAUAGUGUUUUGAGGUUAUAUUACUUUUUAAUACGAUAUGCAUGGUUGUACUGUUUUAAGCUGCAAGAUGUUCAGAGCCAACGAGAACAUUUGAAUUGCACUGAACUGAUACUGAGGCAUUGAAUUUCACAGGAGGAGACCACUAUGUCAGAGAGAUGGUGUACAGACGCCAUCUUCAGGCUUUAGGGGCAAAACAAAAUAUCCACAGUGAGUCAGCCCGCUGCUUUUUCUGUUUCAAGACCAAAGUCCAAGCAAUACAGCACUGGGAAAUGUUAAUGUUUUUUUAAUGAUUUUUUUUUUUACAAUUUCAAUAUGCAACUUACUUUAGAAUGAUUUCUUAUUUUUAUAUUUGUGAUCGUGUUUUUAUGCUUAACAGCUGGUUUUGAUUUUUAAGACGUCUUAUUUUCUACCUGACCUGGCUGAUCACCCUGAAGAUGAUUUGUGCAGAAAGGCAGUUUCUCCUGAGCGUCCGUGGAGAGAAAAUACAGUUCUUCUGCUAAAGCGUUUAGCUUCAAGACUUCACUACAAAUUAACUUUACCGAAUUUAGGACUACACUAAUGUAAGCUAUGUCAUACCAUUUGUCAAUUACUGACUCGAAAUGAUGUAUUUAACUGAUGUGAUGUAAAUGUGUUGUGUUGGAAUGAUGCGAUGAUGAAGAAGAAUCAUCCCCCCUCUAUUUAUUUCACCCAUUUGUCUGUCUGAAUAAAAUGCUGAAUCAAA